AUGGAUCAUGUCAACCACACCUGGACCCAAGCAUUCAUCCUUGCUGGCUUCACUGCCUCUGAGACCCUACGACCUAUUGCCUUUUUGGGGACUCUGUGUGUUUAUCUCCUCACUCUUGCAGGGAACUUGUUCAUCAUUGUUCUGGUUAAGACAGAUUCUGGGCUCUCCACACCUAUGUACUUUUUUAUCAGUGUCCUGUCCUUCCUGGAGCUCUGGUACGUCAGCACCACUGUGCCCACACUACUGCACACUUUGCUCCAUGGGCGUUCACGCAUCUCCUCAUCCAUGUGCUUCACACAGUUGUAUGUUUUCCAUUCGCUGGGCAUGACUGAGUGCUACCUGCUGGGUGUCAUGGCGCUGGACCGCUAUCUUGCCAUCUGCCGCCCACUCCACUACCAUGCACUCAUGAGCAGACAGGUACAACAAUGGUUAGCAGGGGCCACUUGGUUGGCUGGUUUCUCAGGUGCAAUUGUGCCAGCCACCCUCACUGCCACUCUGCCGUACUGCUUGAAGGAAGUAGCUCAUUAUUUCUGUGACCUGGCACCCCUAAUGCGGUUGGCCUGUGUGGACCCAGGCUGGCAUGCUCAAGUUCAUGGUGCAGUGAUUGGUGUGGCCACUGGGUGUAACUUUGUGCUCAUUUUAGGACUCUAUGGGGGCAUCCUGAGAGCAGUGCUAAAACUACCCUCAGCUGCCAGCCGUGCCAAGGCUUUUUCUACCUGCUCUUCCCACAUGACUGUAGUGGCACUAUUCUAUGCUUCUGCCUUCACGGUAUACGUGAGCUCCCCAGGGAGCCGAGCUGAGGGCACUGACAAGCUUAUUGCCUUAGUGUAUGCCCUCCUUACUCCAUUUCUCAAUCCUAUCAUCUAUACCCUUCGCAACAAGGAGGUGAAGGAGGCUGUGAGGAGGGUCACUGACAGGAUCAAGACAUUUUGGGGAGGACCCUUAUGA